AUGGCUGCCCGCUCGUCACAAAUGUCACCUCAGCAAGUCGUCAUGCAGGUGAUAUAUCCGACGUCUGCUGCUUCCAACUUUGAUAUGGAAUACUACCUCAACACUCACAUUCCGCUUGUUGAGAAACGUUGGUGUUCUCAAGGUUUACAGGCUUGGACAGUCACAACUGGGCAAAACAGCACAAAUUACCAUGUGCAAACCACGUUAAUUUGGAAAGAUAUGGAAGCUCUAAAAAACGCGGAAUUUGUGGAAGAGCUGGCGGAUGACGUUAAGAACUUCACCGAUGCGACGCCCACCCGGUGGAUUGGAACUGUUAUCGGUCAAAGAAUCGUCAGACUGUAG